GGACAUUCGGCGCACCACAACUCAUCCAAGGUGUAGAGGUCUGUCAGAGCCUACUUAAUGUUUAUACGGUUCCGGGACCUGCGGAACAUUGUUGGUGUGAUCGAUUGACACAAAGACCGGGUGCUGACACUGUAUGUUUUCUUCCACAUUGUGCGACCAUUGCCGAAUAAUCGGAGGAUAUUAUCAAGUUUGAAAUUCCGGACCUAAGUGCCUUCCAAUUGUUCACUCUCUCCCUUGAGCUGUCAAAAGCUAGGUUGUUGGUUGUAUCUCCCAUGCAAGCCUAUUCCAGUGCCGGACCUUAUUUCCGCCUGGAUGCGAAUCCAAUGCAACAGCUGGAGGAUUAUUCGACCAGAUACCACAGCUCACUAGAUCAUUCGUCCUGCCUAAUGGGCCGUUGCUGUCUCACGUGUGAACGUAGCAGAUCAUCCUUGCCGCAGUAUCGGUUGCCUAUUGGUGAACUCACGUCGAUAGAUACCUACAUCCAACCUACAAAGAGCGUGUCUGAUCAUUAUAAACGAAAUGUACUCGAAUCGUCUGGCAAGGUGAUAACUACCGAUUCUGUAUUUCAAGGGGAUGUCUCACAGAACUCCACGAUUGUCACAUCAGACUCAACGGUUUGCGACAAUGCACAGGUACCCGCAACUUUCAGUGAAUGGCAUGCCUCCCUCAAUGCAAAAAUGGACGGCACCUUUCGCGAACGGACGCUGACUUGUCCGCACAAAAUGGAAGAGGAAGUUUACACUGGCGAGUCAGAUGCUCGUUCAGCUAAUCAGUGCAACCCACUCACCACAACAUCCUCCUCGUCAUUGUCCGACGACCUGGACACAAUACUCCGGUCACCUAUAACGGAGCAUGAAGAACCAGAUGCCACCUCAUGUCAUAGUGCCCUCCAACACCCGGCACCUACGGAAUCGAAAGUGAAAAGUCCAUUUCAGGAUGCAUACCAGGCGAGUUCUCCUAUGGCAACAGCUGCACCGAAUUGGCUCUCAUUUGACGCCUCAAACCCGCCUCAUCCCCAUCUUUGCCAGCGAGAAUGUGUCAAAUGUGGAAGACUGACGACUUCCGUAUGGAAAUCCGAUGGGACGGGGAAUUUUCUUUGCAUUGAGUGUCAUUCAGAUGGAUAUCACACAGACACUGGUCACGCAGUGAGCCAUCUGAAUCAGGAACGGGAUUCCGAAAAAACUGCUCAUCAUGUGAGUACGUCUCCAGCACAGCCUGCUACCAAUGUGUCAAGGACCAAACCAACCCAAACCAAUUCAUCUGUCCUACUUACUUCCCUUGCUUAUCGACGCUGCUUGCGGCCAACCCUGGCAAACGGAUUUACUGGCCGCCGACCGGUUGCCCGGAGAAAUGGUCUGGUUUGCACAAACUGUGCAACAACCCAGACUACGCUGUGGCGACGAAACGCGGACGGUCAACCGGUGUGCAACGCGUGUGGGUUAUAUCAGAAGCUUCAUGGACGUACCAGACCGUCUUCCAUGCGAAAAGAUUCCAUUCAGACACGCAAGCGGAAGUCCAAGAAACGACGGGAGUACAAUCUCUCACUGGCCGCCGCAACAGUAGUUGGUAUCGCGUCCACUGCAUGCGCCACUAGCAAUGCCUUGGCGGCCGGCAAUUCACUGCACCAUUCUACUUAUCCGAGCGUGCGAAGUAACUCAUUCACUCCGGACGGUUUGCAUUCAGGGAUUCAUGAUAGCGAGUAUCUUAGACCUACUUCACUCGAUGGACCACUAUUUCCGAUGACACAGGCAUUCAAUGGUCGAGCGGCAGAACAGCACCUCUUUCCAAUGCACACUCCCACCUUUGGUGAGCUUCCAGACCAUUGCACACAUUCUGCUAUCGGUCGAUUUGAUCCGUUCAGUGGAGUCUUCAAUCGUCAAUCUCCGGCUGGCCAUCCGCUGACCUUUCCUUACCUGGAAGACAACCGAGAGUUUCCACUCGGUCCACGAAGGAAUCCACCAGAGCUUGAACCAUUUUUGCCCUACACAUCGUAUCUGGGUGCCGAAAUACGCCAGUGCUUGUACGCGAAUCGCAUGACUGCAAACAUCGCGCCGAAUUUGUUCGAUCCUUCUUGCUCUCUAUUCCCUCCUGAAUCAAAAGGAACCCCAUAUACUUUUAACCAUCCAAUGCAUUAUCCAACUUUAUCCAGAUAUAACCAUUUUGGCAAUCUAUUCCCGCCUAUUUUGACGGAUGUGGAGAACAUGGAAACCCUCUCAAAAGAGUGCUCAAGCACUACAUGCCAUUCUAUGAGUGCGCUCACAUGCGAGCGUAUUCCCACGAGUAUGAUCAGCCCACAACCGCAGUCUUCAGGUACGACAGCCAGCGUGGGUCGCACGGUCUUACAAGAACCCCUUCAGAUGCGCACACCGAGAUCAACUGGCUACCUGGAUUCGCUUUACUUUGCAAGAUGAUUUUGUGUGGGCGCAAUGAAUCUGUAUUCAUAUACUUGGCAGGUCGUGUGUGGUACUCAGAUAUCCGCUUUAGUUAAACUGCGCACCAAGCAACAUCACCGAUUAUUAUUUCAUGUACAGAAUACUUUGCGACAUCCCAAACAAAAUUUGUUAUACAAUGGAAUUAAAUGCUAGGUAAAAUUGUAAAGAUUACGUUUUUUCAUUCUCC